UGAUUUACUUUGACCAGCGGUCAGAAAUAUAUACAUCCGAUACGUCGAAAAAGGCUUUCGCAAUAUAUGACUCCAGUGACUAUGCCAAAUAGGAAAAUAAACUUCAGAAGACAGGUAAUCACCUAGAAGGUACAGUUAACGUAGUCUUCUUUCUGGGGGGCCCCCUUGCAGGAGACUAAUAAUCCACUCUGGCACUUCGAUGCUGACCAUGCUGACCAAAUCAGGAGCAUCACACGGACCUCAUCGAGGCCAGCCAGUUCCGAUCUGCACUAAAUAAUGCCUGCGGGUAUUUCAGCGGGCCACGCCACCGGACUUGAUAAGACUGAUUUGGAAGUGCUUUUAUCGAUCUACAUCUUCCGAAACACAGAUGCUUCUAAAAGAACACUUCGGAGCUUCUCCUGCCAGGACGUGAAUGUUGACCUUCGUAAUACCGCACCACGAUGCUGAUGGCAAGCCAUAUGAAUACCGAGAGCUCGUGAAAUCCUCGGUCGAUAAUGAUCUUGAGGACAAAACGCAAAGGUAAGACCAAGGAAAGUCGUUAUGUUGUAUGUCUGAUGAUGUUUUAUCAAAAGAUCGGU